AUGAACGAAACAAAGAUGAAAGAUGAUGAAUGUGAAUCGAAAAAAUCGACUGCGUCAGAAACGUCGAUUAAGGCUGUAAUUCACGAACUUGUUUCGAAUUUAGAAACCGUCAAAAAACGGAAAGCAAAUCGAAAUUCCAAACCAUCAAAGAAACAAAAAGCUAAUCGAAAUUCCAAACCAUCAAAGAAACAAAAAGCUAAUCGAAACUCCAAACCAUCAAAGAAACAAAAAACUACUGGAAAUUCUAAGGCAUGUGCGAGAGCAAAAAAUAAUCGUAAUUCAAAACCAUCACAAAAACAAAAAGCUAAUCGAAACUCGAAACCAUCUAUGAUGGCAAAACGUAAUCGAAAUUCAAAGCCUUCAAGACAAAAUCGAAAGAAAACUAAACAAGAGUUGAAUUAUUACACAGGGCGAAAGGAAAAAAGUCAUGAAGAUAAUUUACCUGAGUUAGAAAACCUUUACUGUAUGAAUAUUAAACCGGAAAUCGAAGAACAUUUAGACAAUGUUGAUAUAUACAAUGCAAUCAAUGAAAAAUACUUUUCAUCAAUUCUUCAGCCAUGGUUGCGUUGCUGUUGUUGUGGAGCACUGCAUGCUGAAAGUCAGUUGCAGACUGCAGCGGUUAAACACGAAUUAGAACAUGAUGUCGUUGAAGGAGAAUUGUUAUGUAAGAAGUGUAUUCGCUUCACUCCAUCACAGGAUCGUCCCCAUUGUUUGUUUGCACGCAACAAAAACUGGUUGGAGAUAUCUGCAGUUCCUGAUGAACUAAAGUUAGGUUUUAUGGAACAACGUGCAGUUACAUUGUCUCAUGUGUACAUGAGCAUUAUUCUUGUUCGUGGCCAUCAAGCUGCAUUAAAAGGACAAGUAGUCCAUUUUCAUGUUGAUUCACAAGCAGUAGUUGAUCAAUUGUUACCGUUUCCUCGAUGUCAUGAAUUCUUAGCAGUUGUGCAGGAAAAACCGGCGAAGAAUCAAGAAAUCACCACGACAGUUACGUAUUCAUUCAGUGCGGUACAAGUAUUAAAGGCGUUAAUUUAUUUGAAGCAACACAAUCAUUUGUAUUUCGAAAAAGAAAUAAUGACAGUAGACCAAAUGCAACUAUUGUUUAAAUGUCAAAGUGAAAACAUAAGUCCGAUUAAAAUAAUCGACAGUUAUGCGUAUAAUAAUUCAACAACAACAGCACCAUUCAUAAACUCGUCCGAUGUUUUAUGCGGUCCGAAACGAAUUAUCUCAUGUGCAAAAGAUGCGAUAUGGCAAGUUGAGCCAUUUUUAGAAGAGCGAGCAUAUCCUUGGUUGUAUCCAUAUGGUAAAGGUGGUGAAGCUGAUCCUGAACGACCUUUAACAAUAAAUUUACGAGAUUAUUACAAACUAAGACUGAAAUCAGCAGAUAAUCGAUGGCAGGCAGAUCCGACAUGGAUUUUUCGAGCACUUAAUAUUUUACAAAGGGAUGACUUACAUAUUGGUGCAGUUAUUCGUGGUUCAUCUGCAUUUUGGAAUAAGGCACGAAGGCAUUUACGAGCAAUGUAUGCUACUUUGGGAAAACCGUUUAUUUUUCUUUCUAUCAAUUUACAAAAUGAUACUGAAUUUUUGACGCAUAUUGACUCAGAAAAGUUUGGUUCAGCAAAAAAUCCAAAAUGGGAUGCGAUUAAUAAUUUAUCUAGUGAUGAGUAUUUACUACUAGCAAACCAAAAUGCAGCACUGGUUGCACGUAUGUGUAAACGUCGAAUUGCAGCUUUUGAAGAAUAUAUAAAGGAUAAAAAAUAUCCAUUUCUUAUUGAUUACGUUGUAUCGCAUUACUUUAUGAAAGUUGAAUUUCAAAGGGAUGGUUUGCCUCAUGUACAUACUUUGAUAUGGGUAGAGAAUGCACCGUCAACUGAAACUAGCGAAGGACGUGCAGCAAUAAUUAAGUUUAUUGAUAGAUUAUUAACAACUGAACUACCUGAUAUUAAUGCGGACCCAGUCCUUUUCUACUUAGUUCGAAUGUUUCAAUGGCAUAUACAUACAUUUAGUUGCAAUAAAGAUCAUCCAUUUGUGAAAAUUCGCAGAGCGAAGAAACAAUUAAAGAAUGCGAAAGAAAAUAAAGCAGAAGAAGAAACAAGUACUUCGUGUAAUUUUAAUCGAGAGCAUGAAGAUGAAAUUUAUGAGAAAGUUAAUCCGGAUGAAGACAUUGACAUGUUUCAGGCAAAGCUCGACAGAAAAGAAUUUUUUGAACGAGCGGGAUGUCGAUAUGGGAAACCUGAGCCAUUAGCUUCUCAAACUCAUUUUCGUACGUACAAAGAAGCGAAAAUUUUAACUCGUGGUGAUCGAGAUAUUAUCAUUAAAAGGAUAAGCGAAGAAUCUCGUCGUAUUGUCCCUUACAAUGUUAACUUACUUAAAACGUUUAAAUGCAAUCAUGAUAUUCAAAUCGUAACGGAUCCAUGGGCCGCAGCAGAAUAUCUGUUUUCGUACGUGAGCAAAGAAGCACAUAUGGAGAAAGAUCUGGUUCAGAAACUAGCUGGGUGUACAUGUUCUACAAUCGAGGAAGCUAAAAAAAUUCUCUUAAAGGCUGGUAACGCUGUUCUGUCACACAGGCAAAUUGGGAAAAUUGAAGCUGCUUGGAUAGUUUUAGGUAUUCCGUUGUAUCGGUGUUCAAUGGCUACCGUUCAUAUUUAUUUAUCUUUGCCAUGUGAUGAAGAUCGACUAUUAAAAAACAAAAAUAUCAGUGCUGAAUCUCUUACUGAGAAUGACUUUGUGAAGACCAUAGUUGAUCGAUAUUCAGAGCGACCUUCACAGCCGGAUAUUAUUAACGACAUUACGUUGUUUGAAUUUGCAACUUGGUUUUCUAUAGAGUAUGGUGCAUUAGAUAAUGAAGAUGGUGAUAAUCAGGAGUUGAAAUCUAAUCCAUUAUGGCAAACAGAUUAUAACGAAGGGCCUUUGAUGAGAACUUCUAAACGUUUGCCACGUAUUGUUCUUUCGUCGGGUCAUGUAAUGCGUCAGCAUCAAUAUCCGAAAUGUGUUACUUUCACUUGUUUGCACGAUAAUACUGCUCAAUCGAUUUAUUCUAUUUUAUGUUUGAACGUUCCUCAUCGAAAUUCAAUCAUUGAAUUUUUAUGUGGAAAACAAGAACCAAGUACAUUGGAUUUAUACCAAGCGCUCGUUCGUCAUCAAUCAGAGAUAUGUAGACGAAUUACAACUCUUCCGGAGAGUUAUCGAAUUCAAUUGCAGAAUCUGGUACUUCAUCUAAUUAGUAUUAAUAAUGAAAAUUUCAUGAUUAAUUAUCGAGAGUCUUAUAUAUUUACCAAUCCUAACGAAUUUGAAGCGGAAGAUGAUAAUAAUCCCAUAUCGGAAAUAAAACAUCCAGAUAAUAUUGCAAGUCUAUCAAUUAAUGAUGAAAUAGAUAGAGUUGAAAAUGGGGAUCGUUUUAAAAUUGAAGAAUUUCGAAAAUUAAAGCAAUUGCGUGAUUCAACAAAUUGUCAACAAAAAUAUUUACUUGAAUUUAUCCAGAAUUAUUUUGAUUAUGUAUUGAAACACGUUAGGCGCCCACACGAAGUUAUACAACCAAAACCGUUUCAUAUUGUUGUUAAUGGGCUUGCUGGAUCGGGUAAAUCUUACGUCAUUGAUAUAAUUGAAAAAAUGAUGAAAGAAUACUGUAUUGCUGAAUCGUCUGGUAUUUCACGUGCGCGAAAGAAUUAUGGUUUACUUAAAAUGGCUCAUACUGGUAAAGCUGCAUUGAAUAUUCGUGGAUCCACCAUACAUUCAGCUUUAGCGAUUUGUCCAGAUAAUAACUCAUCACCAAAGAAUCUAAAUUCUUUCAAGCUUUAUACCUUGCGCAAUCGAUUAUCUGGUCUAUUAUUAAUUAUUAUCGAUGAGAUCUCACUUGUUUCGCACUGUCUAUUUCAAAAGAUCAACAAACGUCUAAAUGAAAUUUUUCUGACAGCAGGUGAAUCUGAUGUGUAUUUUGGUGGUAUUCCUAUUAUUGUCUUUGGUGAUAUGGCUCAGAUAGAACCUGUUGCUGCGAAACAAGUAUUUUUCAGACCGAGAGGUGAAUUGUUUUCGUUGUGGCAUGAUUUAUUUCGACCUGUCAAUUUUGAUAUUAAUAUGAGACAAGGAAACGAUCGAUUAUUCUUUGAUUGCUUGUGUAGAAUGCGUACAGGUUGCUUGGAUGAAGAAAUUGAGGCAUUGAUAAAGUCCAGAAGUAUUCGAAAGGAAGAUAAUCCAGAUAGUUAUGAAGCACGAUUGAAAGACUUACAAUCGGUUGAAUUUAAAGAUGCCAUAUACGCGUAUGGUACUCGUCGCUUAACAAAUUCAAGAAAUUUAGAAAUGCUAAAAGAACAUUGCAGACAGACGAAACAUCCAAUAUUUAUGAUAAAUGCAUUGGAUAAAGUUGCAAUGAUUGAUAAUUCAUUUUAUAAAGCUAGUUUUGCAAGUAAUAAGACUUGUAAAGUAAAGUUGAAACCAUCAAAUGAUGAAAAUAAGUGUGGCUCUUUAUAUCCUCGUUUCCCAUUAUGUGUUGGUGCACGAGUUCUAAUUAGACGAAAUAUCGAUCAAGAAAAUUACAUUGUCAAUGGUACUGAUGCAAUUGUAAAAGAGAUUGUAUGGGAAGAUCCAAGGAAUUUUCUUUCAUCGCCAAUAGCAGUAGACGACACUUUUAAUUCAUUAAACAAUGUAAUUAAUACAAAAUUACCGAAAUAUGUCGUAGUCGAAUUAGAUAACGGAUUAGAAUAUAAGAUUGAACCUCAAGAAACGCGAUUCAAAGAUAUGAAUAAUGUAAAUAUGACUCGUUUACAGUUGCCAUUUGCUCUGGGCUAUGCUAUUACGAUACAUCGAACUCAAUGUAUGACAUAUCCUAAAAUGGUUGUGGAUUUAGGAGGCAAAUAUUGGAAAGCUGGAAUGUUUUAUACAGUUUUGAGUAGAGCUCGACGGAUAACAGAUAUUCUUCUAUUGGCUUAUGAUCGUCAGUCUUUUAAAGUUUCAAGAGACGGAUUGCAAGAAAUCGAACGAUUACAAAAAAUAGAAAAUGAGAACCCCGUCAAACUUGAUGAUUAUUUACGAUACAAAACAGAUGAUUCUGCUUUGAACAGUGCUGUUUCGUCUGAUAUGAAUUGUAUCGAGGAAAAAAAUCAAAAGAGAAAAUAUGAUGUAAACAAUGAGAUUGAAGAGAAUAAACGAUGCAAAACAGCAUCAAAUGUAGUGAGAAUUUUAAACGACAUCGAUGUGACUAAGGAUCUUAUCCCCGAACACUUCAUUAUUUGUGAAAAACAACAACGAUUAUUUUGUGGUCGUCAUGCUCUUCGUGCAAUUGUGCAAAACACGACAUUUUUUGAUGAUGAAUUUUUACAAAGUUUGGGACGACAAUUAGCAUCAGAUGAAUUAAUGAUUCGAGAAGAUAUAUCUGCAAUAGAUAAUGAAUAUUUCAAUGUUUACAGUGGUUAUUACAAUAUUCAAGUUGUACAAGAAGCCCUUAGAAGACAGUGUAAUAUCGAACUGAUACAAUGGAAUCGUGUGAAUAAAAUGUCGUCAUCUGUUUAUCAACAAAUCAUGAAUAACAUUGAAUUUGCACAAGGUUUAUUUAUUCAUCAAACAGAUCAUUAUUUUUGUCUACGACGAUUUGACAUUGCUGCCAUAGCAGCGGUUGGCCAACCAGAAUCCCCUAAGCCACCAUCCGCUGAGUACUACUCGGAUAUUGAAAAUACCGGAGCAUCAUCAUGUAGUGCGCCUGCAAAUGAAAUAUCGACAGGAAAACCCAAAUUAAAUUCGUCGUCACGUCCACUUUGUCCUGAUUCUAUAUAUUGUUUGAGACAAAAUAAUAGAGACCAUACAUAUGCACUCUCUCAUUUUUUGUCGUUAUAA